CGGGCCCUGAACAAGAUUACUAUCCCAGACCAGUAUCCCUUGCCCCUUAUCUUGGAGUUGCUGGAGUGGGUGCAAGGGGCGCAGGUGUUCACCAAGCUAGACCUCCGGGGGGGGGGCUACAAUUUUAUUUGGAUCCGAGCUGGGGAUGAGUGGAAGACCGCAUUCGGGACCCAGUAUGGGCAGUUCAAAUACCUGGUAAUGCCUUUCAAUUUGUGCAAUGCGCCCGCUGUGUUCCAACGGUACAUCAACCACGUGUUCCAGGACUUGCUAGACAAAUUCGUGGUCGUGUACCUAGAUGACAUUCUGAUUUUCUCCUGUGACCCGGCUCGCCACAAGGGGCGUGUCUGGACAGUGCUGCAGCGCUUGUGGGAGCACCACCUGUAUGCUAAGCUUAGCAAGUGCGAGUUCCAUCAGCG